AUGUAUUCAAAAAUAAAUCGAUCAUUUUAUGAAUCUAUAUCAGAAACAAGUGUUAUAAAAAGUUAUAUUGAUUUUCAAUAUGAAUUAGAAAAUAAUGAUUCUAUAGAUCAUAACAGAUCUGUAAUUACUUGUUUAAAAAUAUUAUUCUAUAGUCUCAAUGAAUUAUCAAAAUCGACUAUUGAUAAUAAAAUAACUUUACUAUCAAUAUUAGAACAAUUUUUAGUUUUAAAUGCUUCAACUUCAUCAAAAAAGUCUUACCAUUUUAUUCACGCUAACCCAACCGUAUUAUUUGAAAACAUAGAAACAUUGCAAAUUUUUGUGAAAACAAUAUUUCAUUCACUAUUAUUAAACGUGACAAAACAUAUAUGCUUAUCUGAUAAAUUAUCUGUUGAUUCAAAUCAUGAUUCUAUACGGGACUUGAUAACAUUAUUAUCACCACAUAUUAAUUAUCUUCGUGUUAAUUGUUCUCAAUGCUUCAUAUUAAAUAACGAAAUUAGUAUCGCCGAUGUUGCUUAUCUUAUAGUCUAUAAUAAAAAAAAAGAGUGGUCUCUCAGCGUUGAUUUGAAUGUCUAUUCAAAAAAUCAACAAUUUCGUUUGUUCGACUCCUCAAAAAGUAGUUUGGAUAAUCCUUUAACAACUACAUUAGACUAUCCCUUUGAACAAUCGAAAUCUUAUUCCUAUUUUGAUAUAUUACAGAAAUCUCUUAUAACAAAUAUAAACAAUAUACAUGUUCCAUUACUUGAAAUAAAAGAUGAUCAUUUAUUUGCUACGCGACGGCUUUUGUUAAAUCAUGAAGUAAUCCGUAAUGAUACAAAAAGUUUAUGUAAUUGUCUACAAGAAGAUUCUUCGAGAAUCUUUCAAUAUCCAGGUUUAAAUUUAAUUUCCUUUUACAAAAAAAAAAAUCUUAUCAAAACACCAGAUACAACAAAUUUCGGGUGUGGGUGUGGGUGUGGGUGUGGGUGUGGGUGUGGGUGUGGGUGUGGGUGUGGGUGUGGGUGUGGGUGUGGGUGUGGGUGUGGGUGUGGGUGUGGGUGUGGGUGUGGGUGUGGGUGUG